GUUUACCGUGCUCACUGCGGUAGACCGCGCCCAAAGCCAGGGCCCCGGGUAGCCGGGUCGGGGCAGCCUGCGCUGACCCAAGCCGGGGCCGCGCGUCUUCCCGGUGUCAUGGAUAGCCUGGGGCUGCGGUGGCGUCAGCGCUCGGGCCGAGGACGGCCUGUGUGUCGGCAAUAAACAGUCUGGAACCGACUGAGCGUCUGUGUACUUCAGUGGCGACGAGGACCGAACUCACGUGUGGUAUGGCGCUGGCCCGGGCGCCCGAGUUCGACGCGGGUGUUGAGUGUUUCGGUGGUUAUACUCGGAGGCUGGAACAGUAUUUUGUGGCGAACGAUGUUGACGCGUCACAACACGUGAAACGCCGCGCGAUUUUCCUGAGUGCUAUCGGGCCGGUGACGUUUGCGCUGUUGGAGGAUUUGAUCGCUCCGGCCUCAGUGACAGACGUGAAGUAUGGAGACCUGGUAAAGGUGCUGUCGGAGCAUUUUGAGCCGUCGCCGUCUCGGAUCUUGGCACGUUACCGGUUUCAUACGUGUGAUCGCGAGGACGGUGCGUCAGUCUCAGCUUAUGCUGCGACUCUGAGGCGACUGGCGCGGCCAUGUCAGUUCAGCGCGGAGGUGCUCGACGAAAUGCUCCGAGAUCGGCUGGUCUGUGGAAUCCGGAAUCCCAGACUUCAGUCCAGACUGCUCAGCACGGAGGAUCUCACUCUCAGCUCUGCGCUCGCGAUCGCUCAGGCGUUCGAAUCGGCGGCUGCCAACGCCAGUGAGCUGAAUCGCAGCAGUCCCGUGUCAUCAGAGCGAGCGGAUCUGCAGCCCGUCCAUCGGGUGGAGGAGCGCCGACCGCGGCAGAGUCCGUCCCGAGUGGCGGCGACGGGUGGCGCUCGAGCUCAGUGUCACCGCUGCCGGCAGAGAGGACACGAGCCGGCCGUGUGUCCGUUUCGCUUCCGGCGCUGUUUUUCUUGCGGGGAGGUGGGUCACUUGCGAGUGGCCUGCCGACGGCGCACGCCGGCGGUCCGGGCGGUUCAAGUGGAGUCGGCAGAGCAUUCCACAGCUUCCGGUGCAGCUGCGGCGGAGCCGAGGAGCCCGGAGAGAGUGGAGGAGGAUGUGUAUGCUCUGUUCGGAGUCUACAGUGCCGGUGUCUCGCCGCUCUCGGAGGCCGCGGCCGCUCGCUCGGAGGACACAGUCGAGCGGUGCGCAGCUGGUGGCGGCGUGAGUAUGGGCGCUGCUACGUUUGCUGCGAGUGAACCCCACGGGGGUGGCUCCGAUGAGCCUAUGGUCGGCGCUCUUGCUUCUGGCGCGGCGGCGGCGGCAGCUGGCAGUGGCGCGGGGCGCUCGGCUGAUCGUGAGUCUGCCGGCGGGCCCGGCGGCGGCGUGCAUCGCACGGAGGGAGCUGAGGGAGUGGCACCGAGGCGGCCUCAGCGCUGCGGGCCGUACAUCGUUCCGGUGCGGCUGAACGGCAAGUUGCUGGAGAUGGAGCUCGACACGGGAGCUGCCGUCUCCGUCUGCUCGGAGCGCGCGUUCAAGAGGCUCUGGCCGACCGGCGGUCCGCCCCUGGAGCGCUGUGAGCAGACUCUGAAAACAUAUAGCGGUGAACCGAUCGGUGUGUGCGGUCAGGUGAUGGUCGAUGUGCAGUAUGGUGACACAUCGGUCCGUGUGCCGCUCGUGAUCGUUCGCGGUGGCGGUCCGUGCCUGUUCGGGCGUGAUUGGCUCGCUCGCAUUCGGCUGGACUGGUCGUCAGUGUGCGUCAUGGCGGCCAGCUCGCGGGUGGACGCGGUGCUGGCUGAGUUCCCAGACGUGUUCGACGGGGAGCUGGGAUGCUUCAGAGGUGAGCCGGUCACGGUGGAUGUCGAUCCAGACGUCCAACCCCGGUUUUUCAAACCGCGCGUCGUCCCGUUGGCGUAUCGGGAUCAAGUGGAGCAGGAGCUGGAUCGGCAAGUGAAACAAGGACUCUGGGAACCCGUCGCACAUAUUCCGGACGCAUCUGGAUAGCCUGCGCCCGGAGUUGCGUCGACGUGUGGAGCAACGUCAGUGCGCUCAGAAGAGCUCGGCGGACCGCGGGGCUAAGGAGCGCCACUGUGUGCCCGGUGAUGCCGUGUACGUGUCGGCGGUGGACAGACUGAGCGGGGUGGAGGGAGUGCGUUGGCUGCCAGCGGCUGUGGUAAGCCGCAAGGAAACCGAAGUGGUCGUUUGUUUGGAGAGUGGGAAUUUGUUGCGUAGACAUGUAGAUUGUGUGAGGAUGCGCGUGACGAACGGGGCGGAAGGGUUUGAUGAUGUAGAGUUAGCACCCAGUGUUGUGCCGGCAGCUCCGCCCGCUGCAGUGCCAUGUGAUGUACCCGUCGGCGGCGACCGUCCAGGCCGGGCGCUCCGGUCGAGCGACCAGCGCCGGGCGCCCAGGCGCUUAGGCUACGAUAGAGAUUUCGCCCAAAUAUCUGUGGUGGAGGUAUGCGGUAGACCGCGCCCAAAGCCAGGGCCCCGGGUAGCCGGGUCGGGGCAGCCUGCGCUGACCCAAGCCGGGGCCGCGCGUCUUCCCGGUGUCAUGGAUAGCCUGGGGCUGCGGUGGCGUCAGCGCUCGGGCCGAGGACGGCCUGUGUGUCGGCAAUAAACAGUCUGGAACCGA